AUGUGCUCUCACAUCAGUCAACACAUCCUGCAUACAUUAAGCAACGUGCCUGAGAGCUUGAAGGAGCAGGUUGGGAAGGUGCUUCCUUGUGGAUUUUGUGGCCGAUCAGGACUUCCAGAGUGCGCGAUCAGGAUCAAAGUCUUCGCAAACGGCCCACCAUCUUUGGAGACUGAAGUGUAUCUAUCACUUCGUCUUCAAGAUCGAAGAACACACCUUGCAGGAAUGUGCCCAUCAGAUGCACGCUUUGCCACCCUGGUACUCCCUCCUGAACCCGGAAAGUCGUCCUGCAAGAUCAUCCCCACCUUCGUUGAUGCCGUCUGGAGAUACAACAUGGUAGAGCAUGUUCUCAGUCAGCACCAGGAGUACUCCGUGCCUGGUCAUAGGGAGGCUGGCGCCCCUUUACCAGCAGAGGUCUGGGAGAGUAUGAGGCUGACUGAUCUUGAACAGACUGCUGCUCAAAUUCCAAAAGAGCAUUGGCAGGUGGGACAGGAGGGUGACAAGGAGAAUGUCCCAGUGUCUGGCUCCCGCACCAGAAAACAUCCUGCUCUCGAAUCGGCUGCAUCCCUACCCUCGAAACGACCUCGUUACAGACGAAUCGUCGUUGCCAUUGGCGAGCGCCAGAAAGUUGUCCUGUUUGUGGUCAUGAGGUUUUUGACGCUGUUCUUACUACUCGGAUUCUUAUAUGUUGUACAACUUGUUCUUAUCAAGGUUUGGGAGCCGAAGUACUUCGGAAGGGUAACUACUAACAGGACACUCAUCACUCGACUCGCGAAUGUCGAGUAG